UGUUGGUGAAGUACAAGUACAAGCACCUCUUCCUCUACAAAUCCAGGCUCAUUUGCCAAUUGAAAGACAACCUGCCUUGCAAGGUCCAGCACCAGCAAUGAACGUACAAGCGCCAUUUGCGCAAGUUGAAAUACCAGCUCCUGUGCCAAUGCCUAAUCAAAAUGCUUGUCUUAGUAAUGAAAUAUGGAUUAUUGGUUCUUCAAUAAUAUGCAGUGCUCGUGAUCACUCGGAGAACAUACCUUCAGGUAGUCAUUUAGGUCUUUUGAAAAAUAAUAAUUGUUUUUUGCGAUGGGCAGGCAAAUCUGGUAUGAAAUGGGACGAUGUUGUUGGCACAGUUAACAGCAUCAUUAAUUUAUGCAACAAAAUUCCACAUGCGUUGAUAUUGCAUUGUGGUGGGAAUGACAUAGGAAAUGUACCAUGUGGUGCUCUGCUAUAUCACAUUAAAUUCACAAUAGCAAUUCUGUCUCGCAUGCUCCCAAAUUGUUCUCUUAUAUGGUCAAGCAUUCUUCCCAGGCGUUCAUGGCGUUACUCAAGUGAUGACCAUGUCAUGGAAGUUACAAGAAAGAGAAUAAUUAGGGGAGUGAGAUCUUAUAUACUCAAACAUGGAGGAUACGUUAUCAAAUAUCCAGAUUUUGAUGAUCGUCAUCCAGCGCUAUAUUCUGACGAUGGAGUACAUCUAUCAUUUAUUGCAAAUGAUAUUUUCUUGAAUCAAAUUCAGUCAGCACUAGAAACAUUCAUAAAGUAUCCACAUUGUGUUAUAUUUCCUCACGAUCACCUCUAAUUUAAA